UGUAUAACCAGGCAGCUGAGGACUCUGGCUGGUCAGCUACUCACCCACAUUCAGUACAGGACCUGGGAUUAAGAGGACAACUCCACACACACAAUGUCAGAAGACAAGAUCACGGGAACCUUGGCUUUCACUGUCUUCACUGCUGUGCUCGGUUCCUUCCAGUUUGGCUAUGACAUUGGGGUGAUCAACGCACCUCAGGACGUAAUAAUAUCCCAUUACCGACAUGUUUUGGGUAUUGCGGUGGAUGACCGAAGAGCUUCCAGUAACGAUGCUGUCAACAGCACAGACUUCCCACUCAUAGUCACGCCAGCACCUGCGACCACACCCCCCUGGGCUGAAGAGGAGGCCUCAGGAUCUGCCCGCCUCAUCACUAUGCUCUGGUCUCUCUCUGUGUCCAGCUUCGCAGUGGGUGGAAUGGUCGCCUCAUUCUUUGGUGGGUGGCUAGGGGACAGGCUUGGAAGGAUCAAAGCCAUGUUGGCAGCGAACAGUCUCUCUUUGACUGGAGCUCUCUUGAUGGGGUGUUCCAAAUUCGGACCAUCACAUAUCCUCAUCAUUGCUGGAAGAAGUAUAUCAGGACUGUACUGUGGGCUAAUUUCAGGACUGGUUCCAAUGUACAUUGGUGAAAUCGCUCCAACCACGCUCCGAGGUGCCCUGGGCACUCUUCACCAACUGGCCCUUGUCACAGGCAUUCUCAUUAGUCAGAUAGCCGGCCUCAGCUUUAUUCUGGGCAACCAGGAUCACUGGCACAUCCUACUUGGACUGUCUGCUGUACCAGCUCUCUUACAGUGUCUCCUACUACUCUUCUGUCCAGAAAGCCCCCGGUACCUUUAUAUAAAGCUGGAAGAGGAAAUCAAAGCAAAGAAAAGCUUGAAGAGACUAAGAGGAACUGAGGAUGUCACCAAAGAUAUUAAUGAGAUGAGAAAAGAAAAGGAAGAGGCAUCUACGGAGCAGAAGGUCUCCGUGCUACAGCUCUUCACAGAUUCCAGUUACCGACAGCCCAUCAUAGUGGCACUAAUGCUGCACAUGGCUCAGCAGUUUUCCGGAAUCAACGGCAUAUUUUACUACUCGACCAGCAUUUUCCAGACGGCUGGGGUCAGCCAGCCUGUGUAUGCCACCAUAGGCGUGGGUGCCAUCAACAUGAUCUUCACUGCUAUCUCUGUACUGCUUGUGGAGAAGGCCGGGCGGAGGUCCCUGUUUCUAGCUGGAAUGGUUGGGAUGUUUUUCUGCGCCAUCUUCAUGUCCGUGGGCCUCGUGCUGCUGGAUAAGUUCUCCUGGAUGAGUUACGUGAGCAUGACGGCCAUUUUCCUCUUCGUCAGUUUCUUUGAGAUCGGACCAGGUCCAAUCCCUUGGUUCAUGGUUGCUGAAUUUUUCAGCCAAGGACCCCGCCCCACUGCUCUGGCCCUGGCCGCCUUCAGCAACUGGUUUUGCAAUUUCAUUAUCGCGCUCUGCUUCCAGUACAUCGCGGAUUUCUGCGGGCCUUACGUGUUCUUCCUCUUCGCUGGGGUCGUCCUGGCCUUCACCCUGUUCACAUUUUUUAAAGUUCCAGAGACCAAAGGAAAGUCUUUUGAGGAAAUCGCUGCAGAAUUCCGGAAGAAGAGUGGUUCGGCCCCAACACCCAAAGCUGCUGUGCAAAUGCAAUUCCUGGGGGCUUCGGAGACGGCCUGAGGGUGAUGACUGGCUAAAGCCCAGGGACAGAGAGGGGACCACGGGGUCCCUCUUAAUCAACCCCCUCAAGAGUGUACGCCUACACCCAAGAGUUUUGUUUUAUAUCUUUUGAAGAAUUUGUAGACUGAUCGGAAAUGCCAACAAAUAUUGCUAAAGAAAGUAUAUUUUUUUAACUUAGAGAAUCUAUUUUUUGACGGUAAAAUGCCUAAUAAAGUAAACCAACGGGGCUCUUGUUAUUUUGAUACUCUACAGGGAAAGUGUGUUACGAUCUUAUUAGCCCUGUUCGUUUUUUAAAACUGAAAUUAACGUUCUUUUGAUAUAACAUAUCAUUGCUUUUUAAAGCAUGUGACUACUGAAGCUACAAGUGAUAUCUAUAUAUUUAAACAUAGUUAAAUUGGAAUUUUCUUAGUCAUAAGUCUGACACUAAAGGACAUAGCUGUGUCCGCAAGGCUCGUGUUCAAACUGACAUUACUGUUAUCCUUCCUCGGCCUCUCUCACUGUAUUAGCGUUUGUGUUUUGCUUAAAAUUAUUUCCCCAUAUUUUUUAUAUAGAAUAGCUGAGUAUGUUAAACUAUAUUUGUGAUGAAAAACUAUUUUAUAGCUACCAAAAUCUUCCUAUAGUAAGAGAAAACAUUUUAGUUUCUUUGAUGUAUUUUGUAAUUAACACUCGUCUUUCCUAGUUACAGAGCCUAGAUUAUCAGUUAAUAUUAGCGUCUAAACCAUGUUAGUUCCUCAUCACGUCAGUCUUUUGUGCUCUACUUUAUUUGUUUUAUUUUAAUUGCCCACUAGCGUUUUUGUCUGAGGUGUUAUAAGACACACUUAAACCAUCAGGAGUCAGGCAUUUUGUAUCCAAACUAAUAAAUUGGAUCAAUCUCACAGGGAAAUUUGGAGUAACAGGUUGCUCUAUUUGUUUUAAAAUUUUUUUAAAUUAAGAUUUGUCAGAAGAAGUUGAUUUUUAGACCUAAUUUAAAAAAUCCCUCUUUAAUUUCUCUGGAAGCACCAACUGGGCUCCCUGGCUCGCAACAGUAAUUCAUUUUCAACUUUUUCUCUGCCUUUACCAUGCACAGGUCCUUUAUAAACUACCCUGUUGUUGGCACUGACAUCCAUUGUGCCCUCACGUGUGUGGACAGAUUGGAAAUACCGUCCCUAACUACAGUUAGGGACACACAGGCAACCAAAAUGUCUCCAAGCUGUUUUCCCUACAAAGUAGAGCAGGAGAAUAACCACUCAUGGAUGGAUGAAUGAUGGCUGGAUGGAUGGAUGGACGGACAGAUGUAUGUUGGCGGAAAACUAUUAAUUUUUUUAUCUGGGGGAGGGAUCAAGUCAAUGUUUCACGCAGCCUAGGCUGGGCUCUUGAACUCCUGCCCCUAUUUCCCAAGUGCCAGGAUUACAGACCUGUGCCACCAAACCCACCCAGUGAAAAGCACCUGUAAAAAAGGUGCUCCUGACACAUGGAAAACCUCACUUCCUCCUGCCUGUCUCUCUUCCUUCCUCCCUCCCUCCUUCCCUCUCCCUGCCCCAUCUCUCUAUUUGUUUAAGAAAGGAUUUGUGUAGUGAUCAGUGAUCUGGAACCCCUGUGUAGACCAGGCUGACCUCCAACUUGUGGUAAUCCUCCUGCCUGUGCCUCUAGGGUGUGGAAUUACAGGUGAGUGCCACCAUGCUUGACUCUUUCUGUGUUUUGUUUGCUUAUUCUUGGUCAGACUUGUUCACAUACGUGCAGUCCAAACCAACAGGAAAUUAUUUCUUUUUUUUUAACUUUGAUUUUUUUUUUUUACUCCUUUGUGGACAAUUUGGGUGACUUUUUUUUUAACUUGAAAUUCCAGGAGCCAACCAAAAGUAAGUUUAAGCUGUGGAGACUUUUUGCUAGGCUCUCUCUCUGUGAGGCAUGGUUCUAAUCCUCUACUGCAUUCAGAAUGCUGACAGCCUCUGGGAAGCUCAUAAGUUCCAAUAAGUGGUACAGGAGCUGAAUAUUUUACAUGGAUGGAUGUGCUUUCUAUCAAAUCAUGGUCCCUGCCCCAUUCUCUGAGAGAAUAAAGUAAUAAAGUUUUUCAAAGGAAUCCCAAAGAUCACUUUUAAGUUAUAACUACUUAUUUUUAUCUGACCUCAAAUUCAAGAUAUUCCAGUCCUCAAGUUUUCUGUCUCAGAAAUGAAAGUAUCCUACAUUGUACCCUGGCUAAGAUGGGUAUUCCCCAUUCACACUGCACAUCUCAAGACCAACAGAUGCUCAAGGCCUUAGAGAAAGUGAAGCAUCCUCCAUAGAUCCUAAAUCAUCUCUAAAUUUCCUAAUAGACAAUGUAAACACAUGCAAAUCGUCACUACACUCUAUUGUUUAGAGAAUACUGCUGAGAAAAACAUCCGUGCAUGCUCAUUGCAAACGUAAUUUAAAACUCCAUGUGAGGAUGCAGAGCCAUCACUAUCAAUGAUCAACCCUAUUCAUGUGCUGAGGAAACAGAAAGUGAAUAAAGCUUUAAAUGAUGGUGACCAAUGUACCAGUUAACAUAAUCAAAAAAGGAAAAAAAAAAAAAAAAAAACUACUGGCCUUCAAUGGUAAACCACAAAGCUGCCACUACUUACAUUAAUUCCCAGGAAAAUUAGAUGUGAUUUUGAAUGUUCAAUUUUGAGGUAUCAUUUUUGUAAUGCUAUUUUCAUACUCUACAGUCUUUACAAAGGUGAUUUUUCUCUCACCUUGUCUGAAGUACAACUAGACUUCUUGGUCUGGCCACAUAACUGUUGUACCUCAUUAUUGUCUGCUGUCUAGGCACCCACGAAAGGGUUUUGUCUAAGUUUCUAUUCCCAGCCUUCCUGGGCACAAUCCACUCUGUAAUAUGUUCUGAGCUGUAGUGAGACAUUGUUCACACACUUUAUGGAACUUACUGUCCAAUGGAGACUUAAGAACAAGGGAAUCCAUGACCCAUGCAUGCCUUUCACUUUCCUUCAGAUGCAUUCACUGAAGGUACGUGAUAUCAUCUCCUACCUCAGCACACAGACCUGAGGAUCAAAUAUAGAACUAUAGGACCUAGGAUAGAAGGGUGCUCCACAAUGGUACUUAGAACUGGUGUUCACAGAAAUGCUGCUGAGAUAAAGACUGUGACAUAGAAGACAGAUCCAGUUGUUCUUUUAAAUAAAUGGAAUUUAUGAGUUCAAGAUAAUAUUUUCUUACUUCAAGGGAAAAAUAUCACAAGUCAAUGAUAAAAUACCAUGGAAUCUAACUAUAAGAGUUUUUAUUUUGUUUUUAAAACAUGUUUUUGUCUAAGUUAUAUUACAUUAAGUGGUCUAUAUGUAAUAUUAUUUCUUUGAAUAAUAUUAAAUACAAAAUAAAAUGCUGCAUAUUGUAUUUAAAUGUUAUAUAUAUAUAUAUAUACAUACAUACAUACAUACAUACAUGUAUAUGGAUUACAAUUGCAGGACAAAAAUCAAAGCUUGUUGAUAAUUCCUUAAAAUUGUAAAAAUGUUAUUUACCAGUGUGUAUGCGCCAAAUAUGUUUUUUGUCACCUUGUUGCACAAGCAGCAGAUAAACAAUUGUAAGGCAAUAUCUGUGCAUCCAGUGUCCUAAAUGAAGACAGAGCAUGAAGUGUGAGCUACAUGUGCCCAAGGUUUCCACUGAAUUCUACAUUGGGAUCAGCAGCAGGAGAGCCAGCCAGUCUGAUCCCUCUAACGGUCGUGAUGUCUGAGAGUCCUGUGAACUUCACAAAGACUGGAAACCGUGGCUCCCAUCUGCAGGCAGCGGCACUCUCCUCACAGGGCUAAGGCUCACAGCCACAAGGUUCCGUAUUAUAAAUAAGGGCAAACAGAGGAAAAGACAAGCCGAACCUUCAGACUUCUAAUGUGACAUCUUCAAUUUCUCAUCUUACGUUUAAAUAAGUGACAAGGACGCAACUUUCCAGAACAUGGUGUAUAUCGCCAUUAAAGCUCCUGUUCUCAGGGCUGACAAGAUGCCCCAUGAGCCUGAAGAUCUGAACUGUAUUGCCAGAGGUCAGGUAAAGGGGAGAACCAACUAACAAAGCUGUGUUCUGACCCCACACACACCCGCACAUACACACAUGCUGUUUGUUUAUGUGCACAAUAGUUAUAUGUAGAAGUAAGUACUGUAUCCUAUUCAAUGAGAUUCUAACAUUAGUAAUUUGUUACCGUCAAUGACUGAAAAACAAACAAGAAAUCCAUGUACAUAAACACGCUUUUCUCCUGUCUCUUUUUUCAUAUUAUGGUAUCAUUGAGAGGACUAUGCACAAACUUUUCUCUAACAGCUGUAACUUUAUUGUAUUUUAUUGUAUUUUAUCACCACUUCUCCUUAACUUCUUUUAUCUCAAAAUAUUUUUUAAUAUUUUGCAUAUGAUUACAAAUAACUGCAACAAAAACAUCUAUAAUUUUGACUUUAAAAAUCUUUUGUGUCUACAAAGAAAAGUGUUAAGCUAUUUUUUUCUGGAUUGUGUUGGUAUGUAUGGUUAUUACCAAAUGCAGCUGUUGAAAACCCAUACUCUUGACAAAAUUAAACUUAUCAAAUCUUC